AUGGCGGUGCUGAGUUCACUUCAAUGCGAUUUGUGGGUGCAGGGACUUGCAGCGCUUGGCCUAUUGGUCUUGACCAAGCUUUUAUGGGAUAUCUUUCUCUCGCCGUUGAGAGCUGUACCCGGCCCUUUACUGGCCAAAAGUACGAACCUGUGGCGGGCAUUUCACACCUUUCGUGGCCGUGUAGAUACCAAGCAUGUUGAAUUGCAUCGCAAGUAUGGCGAUGCUGUGCGAAUUGGUCCAAAUUGUGUGAGCAUUUCGGAUCCGAAUCUGAUUCGAACGAUUUACUCGACACGUAAUCCGUGGAAAAAGGUACUGCGAAACAAAUCACUAUAUUGUUCGGAUUUUCCCUUGCGCAUUUGCAAUCCUUCUCUGCUAACCUUUUCUUGCGUAAUAAAGAGUGAUAUGUACCGACCGAAUGAUGUCCUCAUCGAAGGGCACCGUAUGUCUAACCUUUUCAAUUCUCAAGAUGAAGAUUGGCACAAUCAGAAUAUCCGCCCGAUUCGUGGACUCUGGAGUAUGACCAAGGUUUUGGAAUACGAGCCUCUGAUCGAUGAAACUAUAACCAAGUUUGUGGAAAAAGUCGCGAUGAAAUUCGUGGAUGGUGACAGUGCGGGCACAGUCUGCCCAGCAGAUGAAUGGAUCGGGUUCUUCGCCUGGGAUGUCACUGCAAAUUUCAGCUUCGGCCGCCACUAUGGAUUCAUCGACCAAGAGAAAGAUGUCGAUAACUUGAUUACAGACUCGACCGAUGGUCUCUUAUACUUUGCUCCGGUCUCUCAAAUCCCAUGGAUCGACAACCUUCUAGACAAGAACCCCAUCAAGCGGAUCGGACCAAAGCCCACCCUAACCGGCGUUCUAUACGCCUUCAAGGUCGUCGCCGAGUAUCAAGCCCAACUUUCGAACAAAACGAUCACUGCUGGCUCAGUUGAUCACACGCUGGACAAAUAUCUGCAACUGAAGGAAACAUACCCAGACAUGGUCAAUGACCACCAAAUUGUGAACUGGUUGAUGCUUAGCAUCUUAGCUGGAGGAGAUACGAGUUCCGCAACGAUGCGCGCCAUCCUAUACUACCUAGCCAAGUCGCCCUCUUCAUCUGGAAAGCUCGCAGCUGAAUUGCAAAAUGCUUCUCUUCCCACCCCUGCCCCUUGGAAACUGAUUCGGGAUCUUCCCUACCUCGAUGCUGUCAUCCGCGAGGCAAUGCGCGUCAACCCUGGUAUCGCCAUGAUAUUUGAACGCGUUGUGCCAGACGAAGGAUUUACUCUCCCGGAUGGACAGUACCUCCCUGCUGGCACGAAAGUUGGAAUCAACCCUGCCGUGACAAACAAAGAUUAUGGGGUGUUUGGAGAGGACGCGGAUGAGUUCAACCCGGAUCGUUGGUUCCAGGGCAAAAACGAGAGUGACGAGCAUUUCGAGGCCCGCUCGAGACGAAUGAAAGACACCGUCGAUUUUGUUUUCGGUGGUGGUGGCCGUAUUUGCAUGGGUCGCUAUCUGGCUAUGCUGGAAAUCAAGAAAUUGAUUGCCACCCUCUAUAACGUGUUUGAUAUUCAACUUUUGGACGCAAAACAUGAGUGGACAUAUCGCAAUGCCUGGUUCGUAUACCAGUAUGAUAUGCCGAUGAUCAUCAGACGACGUGGUGUUGCCUCGCAAUAA